GUUCUUUAGCACAAGUGAGAAGCGACUGGCGUCGGACUACUCACUUCGUCAUCUGGUAGUAGACAAAAGUAGAAGCAAACAACAUGGCCCAUAACCACACGGUAGAUCAUGGGCCUUUUGCCUAUCCGUUCAAAAUGGUCUCUGCUGAGAUCCAAGAGGGUAUGCUCGGCUGGAACAUACCCCCCGAACAUCAGGAUCUGGUGCACGAACAUUGGCGCCAAUUCCCAGCUGUUGACAAGUCCUCUCACUACCUCUUGGCGCUGAUCUAUGCUAUUCUCAUGAUAUUCUCUGUUACUGGAAACGGACUUGUUAUUUGGAUAUUUGGCACAUCCAAGUCGUUACGAUCUGCAAGCAACAUGUUCAUUAUAAACCUAGCCAUCUUCGACCUGACCAUGAUGUGUGAAAUGCCGCAUCUGAUUGUAAACUCCUUCUACCAGAGGAUGCUGGGUAACCAGCUUGGAUGCGACAUAUAUUCGGUGUUCGGCUCCCUCUCUGGCAUUGGUGGCGCGAUCACCAAUGCCGUAAUCGCAUAUGAUAGAUAUAAGACCAUAUCGUGCCCAAUCGAUGGGAGAAUCAAUCGAGUCCAAGCAUGCAUCUUGAUCACUAUCACCUGGCUUUACGCUUUGCCGUUCACAAUUGUGCCAAUGACGGGGGCAUGGGGCCGAUACGUCCCGGAGGGCUUCUUAACGACCUGUUCAUUUGAUUUCUUGAGCGAAGAUCCGGAUACCAAAACCUUCGUCGCCUGCAUCUUUGUCUGGAGCUACGUGAUCCCAAUGAGUCUGAUUUGUACAUUUUAUUCUAAACUCUUUAUCGCGGUCCGCCAUCACGAGAAAAUGCUUAAAGAGCAAGCCAAGAAGAUGAACGUGAAGUCACUGGCUUCGAACAAGGACGACGGUGGCAAGAGCGUGGAGAUCAGAAUCGCGAAGGUGGCCUUCACCAUUUUCUUCCUGUUCAUCUGCUCUUGGACGCCUUACGGAAUAGUCGCCAUGAUUGGAGCUUUCGGAGACAGGGCCUUGUUAACUCCGGUGGUGACUAUGAUUCCGGCAGUAUUCUGCAAGGCUGUAUCUUGUAUUGAUCCGUGGGUCUACGCUAUCAAUCACCCAAGAUUUAGGGUUGAGUUGGAGAAGCGUGUCCCGUGGAUGGGAGUGAGGGAACCAGACCCUGAUGCGCAGUCCACGAACGCGAGCACGGCCACGACACCAGCCGAGGCUUAGACAACUAGACCAGACUUCGAGAACCAAAGCGACCUUUGCAAUGUUUUUGGACUAACCUCAUGUAUCAAAACAUACGUUCAGUAACGGAAAGCAGUAAUUUGGAUCGUUAAAGACAAAUUCUAAAACUCGAAUCAAUUUUAUUGGUUUUCAAAAGUUUUCUGUCCGGUUGUUUUGAUAUUUGAGGAUGAUUAAAUAAUUCUGUAUAAUGCAACAAACAUUUAUAUUUUAAAGUAAAUGUACAUAUGAUAGUACCUAGAUUUCGGUAAAUAUUGUAUGUUUUUUUGUUGCUAUAGUCAAGCAUGAAAACCGAUACUAUAAUGUGAACCUGUUGUUGAGUUUAGCUUUGUUGUUGUUAGGACUUUGUAUAAACGAUUAGAGAUGCUGUAUAUGUCUAAUAUACAAUGUCUUUUUCUAUACGAAGGGAUUAUAAAAAGUUAUAACUCAAUAAUAUAAGUACCGGAAAAAAAA